GGCCUUGCUCUUGCUCAUACUAGUACCCAAAUAAAAGCAGCAUGGCUAAUUUUUUUUAUAUGUAAUUUGCAUCACCAGUGUCUGUCAGACGUUUAACAUGGCUAGUAUUAAAUUUUCAGUCUCACUUCCUGUUAGUCCUGCUCCUUGUGGUUGGAUUUGCAAGCACCGCAGUUCUGGAGGAUUCGCGGUGCUGAAUUAUCCAGGCAGUAGACUGUCGCGUUGCAGAUCACUAGCUUCUGCGGUCACUGAUGUGGCCUUUUCUCCUUCUCCACUGAUUCAUGUCCCCGGUUCAUCUCCUAAAGAGCAGUUGAUAGAGUGUCUGUUGAACCGCGAGGACUUGAGCGAAAAGGAGGCUGAAGAUGCACUUGAAUUUUUGCUUAGUGAGGCUGGCAGUGAUGCUCUAAUUAGUGCUUUUCUUGUUCUCCUCAGAGUCAAAGGAGAAACUUCUGAGGAAAUUGCAGGAUUUGCGAGGGCGAUGAUGAAAUGUUGUCAGAAGGUGGAAGGAAUAUAUGGUGCAGUUGAUAUUGUUGGAACAGGAGGCGAUGGAGCAAACACAGUAAAUAUAUCAACUGGCGCUGCUAUACUUGCUGCUGCUUGUGGAGCAAAAGUUGCGAAGCAAGGCAAUCGAUCAAGUUCUUCUGCCUGUGGAAGUGCAGAUGUAUUGGAAACCUUGGGAGUAGCCAUUGAUUUGGACCCAAAGGGAGUUAAGGCAUGUGUUGAUGAAGUGGGGAUUGGUUUUAUGAUGUCUCCCAAGUAUCAUCCAGCUAUGAAGAUUGUUGCUCCUGUGAGGAAGAAACUGGGAGUCAAGACAGUGUUUAACAUAUUAGGUCCUAUGUUGAAUCCUGCCCAGAUAUCUUUUGCAGUUGUUGGUGUAUACAAGCAAAAUAUAGCAAGCAAGAUGGCUUACGCUCUGCAAAGAUAUGGCAUGGAAAGAGCAUUAGUUGUUCAUUCAGAAGGGCUGGAUGAAAUGAGUCCUCUUGGCCCUGGAGUAGUGUACAAUGUCACUCCUGAAAAGAUACAUCAAUCACAUUUUGACCCUUUGGAUUUUGGUAUCCCACGCUGCUCUGUUGAAGACUUAAAAGGCGGAGGCCCUGAUUAUAAUGCUGAAAUACUAAGGCGCGUGCUUGCUGGUGAAAGAGGACCGAUUGCAGAUUCAUUUGUCCUAAAUGCAGCUGCGGCUUUAUUGGUCAGCGGGCAUGUAAGAACCUUGGCUGAAGGCGUAGCUCUUGCCCAUGAUACACAUCAAUCAGGAAAAGCUCUGCGUGUACUUGAAUCUUGGAUUACCAUUUCAAACAAAAUGAAAAAAUCUGAGAGUAAUCUGAUUGAAGAGCAUCUGGUUGGCGAAAAUGUAUACCGCUUUGAGACAAAGGGUCAAUAAGCUAUCUACAGUAUAUGCAGCUACUUGAGGAAGACGUUUAAAUUCGAAUACUGAACUGAUAUAUUGCUUCUGAAUUCGAUCAGGCUGCUAGCUGAUGCUUCUAGUCCAACUAUUAGGCAUUUUACCAUCAGUUGUUUAGUUGGAAAAGAAAGACUAUGAUGAUAGGAUAGCAGCGUUACAUUAUAAAAAUGUGAUAUCAUUCACCUCAGAAGCCUCAUACAAUGCAAUAUGACAAACUUAUGCUAGUACUCUAAUGAAUCAAAUCCGCCAAUCUGAAUUGAUAUC